GGUAACACCAAUGACCUAAGCAGCCAGUCGGCCGCCUACUUCUCGGUGGCUCGCGUAAUGAAUCGUAUUAUCGUGUUUUCAAAAUGAAUAUUUACAUAUUUUGUUUGUUUACAGUUUGCAAUAUUAUGUUAGUGUGUGGUUUCGGGCGCGGGGACUGGGAAAAAUAUGGACCGUUUCAGCUGGCCCUGCAUUCUAAUUUGAUUAAAUGUGACCACGACAAGACCCUCGGGCUGGACGUCAGCGGCGUGGACGUCUACUUCUACGACUUCUCCAGAAACGACCACGAGAUCUUCCCCAUCAGCACCGCGGCCCGGGGCAUCCUGGCCAUCCCCACCCUGGACAAGGUCAAGAAGUUCAUCAUCUUCGUCCCGGGCUACAAGUCGCAAAUCAUGAAGAAGACCGAGGAACGCGUCCGGGACACCUUCCGACACCUCCCCAACACUUACCUGAUCAUCCUUGACCAUUCCGCUUACACUAAUGACAAGCCAACUUAUAUCAAGUCCUUUGAGAGGUCGGUUAAGUACGUGUACUACAUUGGACGAGUUCUAGCCAUUCUGCUUACGGAGCUUCGAGCUGGUGGUAUUGUCUCAAAGCAGAUCCACUGCAUAGGGCACAGUCUCGGAGGCCAGAUGCUCGGUGUCACUGGAGAUACCUUCAUGAAGAAUACAGGAGAGAAGAUCGGAAGGAUCACCGCUUUGGAUCCAGCUGGUCCUUGCUUCUCCAACAGUCUUAUUGAAGAACAAGUGAGGUCUGGAGUAGCAGAGUACGUGGAAGUGUACCACUGCAACGCGGGAGGUCUCGGUACCACUUCUGUUUUGGGAGACGUGGACUUUUUUGUGAACAAAAAAGGUCAGUCGCAGCCUCAUUGCGGAACUCCUUUGAUACCUGGGAUCUUUGACAGCUCCAAAGCAGCUAAAUGCAACCACAGGACUUGUAUUAACGUGUAUACAGCUACUGUGGUUCGUCCUGAGUGGUUUGUGGCACAUAAAUGUGAUACGUAUAAGGGGUAUAAGAAUGGAAGCUGUUCAAGGAAUGACGUGACCAUGGCUGGCUACUGGAACCCUGGGACAGCGAAGGGGGUGUACUACUUCUCCACUGAUGGCUUCGAUAUUGAUGACUUGCCGAGCACUGAUGGGGAUGUUGAUUACUGAUGAUGACAGGGGGGCUGGGCUAGGGUGUUGCAAAUGUGGUAUAGUAAACGGGAAGGGGGUGACUCAUCAUGUUCUGAACCACAUUUAUUUGGAGUAAAAAGUAACGUGUCCAACAAAAUGUGUAUGGAGGAGCUACUAAAUUUUUUAACGAUUAUUUUUAUAAUUGAUUUACAAACGUUGUUUAGAAUGACCACCUGAGUUACCUUUUCUUUCGGAUUACUAUACUUACACUUUUAACUCCUAUUUAUAUUACCUACUUAUAAAUAUCCAAAUAUUAUAGAAAUUCAGCGUAAUUGUUCUGGAGGUGUCCCUCAUAAAUAAACAAGUAUUGAUUACGUAUUAUGAGAAUUUAUGUAAGUAUACAUUCCAUUUAGAUUUCAGAAUUACUUUCACUAGUUACAUAGCACAUGAAAUAAAACAUAGUAUUAUCUGAUUGUCCUAAAUAUGUAGGUAUAUUUUGUAACCAAUUCUGGGAUAGUAGCACGGGGCGCAUUUAAGACGUGACAAAGGUUUUGCAUCGCUCUCACUCACAUCGCGCAGCCUCAAGAGCGAGCGCGACGGACAACUUUUGUCACGUCUUAAUAGCAUCCCAUGCUAAGGCCUCUGUUGUGGGUAAUUAUCAGUUAGUUAGUGUGCAGUUAGAAUGAAAUUAUGUAUCCUCUUAUAACUACAUAAUAUUCUAUUCCUAGUCGAAUAAUACAUUAGAAACAUGAUAGAAUCUAAAUAAUUUAUUUUUGUGUGUUAAUAAGAAAUAAAAUAAUCAUAAAUU